AUGCAAAAUCAUUGUACUAGAAUAAUAUUAAGAUGGCGAGAUAAACAUGUAACCUCUAUCUUAUUCAAAAGAAAUUACCAUUUGAUCAAAAAUAACAGUUACAACAACUCUCGUCACCUUAUUAAUAAUCCAAUUCUGUUUCAAUUAAAUUCAAAAAGAUUAAUUUCUUCUUUCUUCCCAAGAAUAAUAACCAGAGUUAUUAAACUACCUGCUUACAUUAGCGGUGUAAUGGCUGCUACAGGAAGUAUCAUUGCCUACAAAAUAGAUUCUUUAAAACAAUCGGAUUACUUCGUUAAUUUGAAAUCUUUCUUAGAGAAUAUGUUCCAAAAUGACUCUAUAACAAGUGGAAAUACCUCUUCUUCUUCGGGAGGUGCCAAUAGUGGUGCAGUAGUAGCAAGUACAACUAUAUUAGCUGCAAAUUCUUCUAAUGAUCAAGAAGUAGGUGACGACGAAGACGAUGACGACGAAAAUGAAAUAGAUAACACUAAUGAUGACAUGCUGAAUUUGACAAAGCAAAUGAUAGAAAUUAGAACUAUAUUAAAUAAAAUCGACUCAAGCUCAAAUCAUCUAACUUUACCUUCCAUAGUAGUAAUAGGUUCUCAAUCCUCAGGGAAAUCCUCGGUUUUAGAAUCUAUCGUCGGCAAACAGUUCCUACCAAAAGGUUCAAACAUGGUAACUAAAAGACCAAUCGAAUUGACUCUAGUAAAUACCCCAAAUCUAAAAGAAACUACAGCGGAUUUCCCAGAUUUGAGAAUUUAUAAUUUGAAAAACUUUAAAGAAGUUGAAAAAAUUCUAAUAGACUCAAAUUUGAGUGUCUCAAUGAGAGAAGCAAUUUCAGAAGAACCCAUUCAAUUGACUAUUAAAUCACCAAAUGUCCCAGAUCUAUCGCUUGUGGACCUUCCAGGUUACAUCCAAAUAGAGGCCGCUGAUCAACCAUUGGAAUUGAAAAGUAAAAUCGCAAAUCUUUGUGACAGAUAUUUACAAGCCCCAAAUAUUAUUCUAGCAAUUUCUCCUGCUGAUGUAGAUUUAGCCAAUAGUUCAGCUUUAAGAGCUUCAAAAAGAGUAGACCCUACAAGUUCAAGAACUAUUGGUGUCAUUACUAAGCUAGAUUUAGUAGACCCAGAAACUGCAAGAGAUAUCCUCAACAAUAAAAAGUACCCAUUAAAAAUGGGCUACGUUGGUGUUAUUACCAAAAAUAUUGAUAGCAGAGAUGGUACAAACAAAAAAUCUUUCUUGGCCCCAUUGAAAAAAUCAAAUGAUGGACACCCCAAUGAUUCUUCAAAUAACUCCAUACAAUCACAAACAAAACAAUUCGAAAGAAAUUACUUUCAUGAAAAUAAAAAAUAUUUCUCCAAUUGUCAAGUUACGACUAAAAAGUUAAGAGAAAAACUAAUCAAAAUCCUAGAAAUUUCGAUGUCAAAUGCAUUAGAACCAACUUCAACUUUAAUCCAACAGGAGUUAGAUGAUACUUCAUACCUUUUUAAAGUGGAAUUUAAUGACCGUCAAUUAACUGCCAAAUCAUAUUUAUUGAAUAAUAUUGAUGUUUUCAAAUUAGCAGUUAAACAAUUCCAGGAAAACUUUAACAGAAUCGAGCUAAGAUCGAUUUUAAAGGCCGAUUUAGAUCAAAAGGUCUUAGAUUUCUUGGCUACAAGAUAUUGGAAAGAUGAAAAUCUAUCAGAAUUAGGAAAUAAUAAUAUAACAGACGAUGAAAUGCUAUAUUGGCAUAAGAAGUUAGAAUUAGCGUCUUCUAGUUUAACUAAGAUUGGUGUUGGUAGACAAGCUACAAUGUUGGUGACAAAUUCAAUUCUAAAAGAAUUAGAUAAUAUUUUGCUAUCAACUCAAUUGAGGAAUCAUGACUUGAUCAAAAAUUUAGUUACAAAUACGGCUGUAGAUGUUUUAAAUACCAAAUAUUAUACUACAGCAGAUCAAGUAGAAAACUGUAUCAAGCCUUUUAAAUAUGAAAUUGAUCUAGAAGAUAGAGACUGGGUAAUUUCGCAUGAACAUUCUAUUAGGUUGUUAAAGGAAGAGUUUAGACAAGCCAAUGAACAAUUGCAAAAAAUUAAAAAUGUUGUGGGGAAUAGGAAACUUCAACAAGUAAUGAAUUAUUUAGAAAAGAAUAAUAAUCAAAUCGACAAAGAAACAUUAGGCAUGUCCAAAUUAUUAUUGGAAAGAUGUUCAGAGGCUUUAUUCCUUGAAAAGCGUUUAAAUGUUUUAUCAUUCAGGUUAAAAUUGUUGAAAAAUAAGUGCAACUCAACCUCAGAAAAAGAUAAAUGUCCUGAAAUAUUUUUAGAUGCUGUCAGUGAUAAAUUAACAUCAACAGCCGUACUUUUCCUAAACGUUGAGCUGUUAAGUGAUUUUUUCUAUAAUUUCCCGAUAGAAUUGGAUAAAAAACUAAAUAAACUGUCAGAGGAACAAAUAGAAUUAUUUGCCAAAGAAGAUCCAAAGAUCUCAAGACAUAUAGAAUUACAGAAACGUAAAGAAUUGUUAGAGUUGGCUUUGGAGAAAAUUGAUUCAAUUCUGGUAUUUAGAAAGAGUUACAAAGGUAUAACCAAGAGUAACAAUUUGUAA